UAUAUAUAUAUAAAGAUCUGACAUUUGGGAGACAUUCCGGUGUUAUUAUACCUACUUAUAGGAGACACCCAGAUUAGGGAGACAUUUUCGUGUCUCCUUUACGUUUCAACACCCCAUACAUGCAGUUUUACAAGGAACGGUGUCCAAAAUGCUUCAUGAAUAUUCAUGUUAACAUUGUAGCUCAAUGUUCGCACCGUCCAUUUGAUACAAGGGUACAUCAACUUAAAAUAGAAACCCUUUCAAAUAUGGGGGUGUAUACUCGGCGUUGAUAUAACAGUGCAUUUGAGAGACACAAAGUUUAUGGGAUAUAUCUCGCUUUCUCAAUCGUAUAUGUGUGGGAUAUUCAUUUCUAAGAUCAGAUGUGAUUCUAACAACGUAAUAAUGUGCAUCUUGCUCAUUAUUUUUUUAAAGAAAAAUAUAUAUCCGUUAUGGUGUGAAAAGCACCCUCUUUUUUAAGGUAGUUUAUUCCAAUGCGAUAUCGCGAUCUUCGCACAUGCGCAGUAAUAUAUACAUAUAUUUGCCGAUAAAAUUGUCUCCCUUGCACCGUAAUAUAUAGCAAAAGGUGUCUCCUAACUACACCGCUACACAGCAGAUCAAGAUGUUACUAGGACCUCCACGAAUGUAGCCCAGGCGUUGCCGCCCAAGCUUCCCGCGCCGGUACGGUACGGUAUGCAGGCUAUAGCAGCAUGCAAGUCGGGACGGUUGUCUGAACUUCAGCAACUACUUGCCCAAGAAGACGAGCGAUGUGAGGAGUCGCGGUUGCAGGGCUAGGGCUUUUUUUUUCAAGCAUCAAGAUCAAGGAAAGAGUCACUGACAUGCUGACCAGAAGAAGACAUUGUGGUGUUGGAAAACCCAACCCCCUUGAGGUAGCAGCACAAUACACAGAGAAAGAAAAGGACCCUCCUCACUUCAUUGUCAAGCUGUUUGAGAACAAAGGAAGAGGGAUAGUGGCACAAAGAGACAUCUCAAAAGGGGAGUUUUUGUUGGAGUACCCAGGCCAACUUAUAUCUGCCCAAGAAGGCAACCAACGUGAGGAGGAGGAAUCAUCUGGUUUUCGUUUUUUUUUUAAGCAUCAAGGACAAAGCUACUGCAUUUCAGAGGACAAGUUCAAAGGGAAGAAGAAGAAGGAGAGACACAAGUCCACCAACAGGAAAGAGGGACUCUAGGACAACAACAAGAAGGAGAGAUGCAGGUUCACCAGCAAGAAGGACAGACACAAGGACAUGAACAAGAAAGAGGGACUCUAGGGCACCAACAAGGAGAAGACAUACAGGUCCACCAACAAGGAGAGACAGAGGACCACCAACAAGAACGAGGAACACAAAUCCACCAACAAGGAGGAGAUACACAUGUCCACCA